CUAUAAAUAUUCCUUGUGCACGUCAAAUUGAGCAAAAAAAAAACGCAGAAUAUCAACCGAGUUUUGAGUUAUGGGGAUCCCGGUGAUCAACCUUGAAGAGCUAAAUGGAAAGAGGAGGAACGAGACACUGUCGGUGCUACAUGAAGCUUGUGCUAAGUGGGGUUUCUUUUGGAUUGAGAAUCAUGGGAUAAGCAAACAACUUAUGGAAAAGGUGACGGAACUCACAAACCAGCACUAUGAAAAGAACCUGAAGGAAAAUUUCUAUAAGUCAGAGUGGGCUAAAGAAUUGGAGUCUGAAUCUGAAUACAAAAUCUCUGAUAUCGACUGGGAGAGCAGCUUCUUCAUUCGCCAUCAGCCAAACCCUAAUUUCAGCGACAUUCCAAACCUAAAUGAAAAACUUUGCAAAGGAAUGAAGGAUUAUGUUGAUCAACUGAUCAUGGUGGCUGAGACGCUCGCAAAAGGCAUGAGUGAAAACCUUGGCUUAGAGAAGAACUACAUAAAGAAUGCAUUUUCAGAACCGUGUGUGGGUACAAAAGUGGCAAAAUAUCCACAAUGCUCAAAGCCAGAUCUAGUUAUAGGGCUCAGAGCCCACACUGAUGCCGGUGGAAUCAUACUCUUGCUCCAGGAUGACACAGUGCCAGGACUCGAGUUCUUCAAGGAUGGAGAGUGGGUCCCAGUUACUCCCACGAAAGAAAACAGGAUCUUUGUGAACCUUGGAGAUCAAUUGGAAGUGGUGAGUAAUGGUAUAUAUAAGAGUAUUUUGCAUCGUGUUCUUGCUGACAAGGAUGGGAGUCGUCUAUCUAUUGCUACGUUCUAUAAUCCUGGGGGCAAUGCCAUCAUUUCCCCAGCUCCAAAGUUCCUUUAUCCUAAUGGUUAUCGUUUCAAAGACUAUCUCAAUUUCUACUCUAAGACUAAGUUCUCAGACAAAGAGGCUAGGUUUGAGACCUUUAAGGAGAUGAAUAUGUGACUGCUUAAUGCUACUCGUGAAUAAGAAGCUUUCCUCUUAGGGUUUGUGCAGACAAAAUAAAUGUUGAUUGUUACGUGCUUCUGUAGAUCUUGAACACCUUAUUUUGUAUUUUACAAGAGUGAAUGUGAUAUUGACACUGCAUUGUUCUUGAAUGUAUUAAUUGUGUAUCAUCAGUUUGGAAGUAAUCCGGUUUGUUUUUAAAAGUUAUUUUUUGUUUCAAUGAGCUCACUUUGAUACAAAUUUCACAUGAAUACUACAAGGACACAACUGCUUUUUGCUGUUAAAAUUUGCAAAGCUAUAAUAAACUUGAACAGUAGAACCUCAGAAAUGAAGUUUAGAUGAUCAU